UGUCGGGCUCCGCAGAAGCAGCAGCGUCUGCGUUGGGCUCCCUGCUGCAGCUCAGCGAGGGGGGGGCCCUGGCCCUGCAGGGGGGGGCCCUGGCGGCGGCCCUGGACGACUACCUGGCCCCCCGCAGCUACCUGUGCGGGUUCGGCCCCUCCAGGGCCGACCUGGAGGCGUUCCGGCUGCUGGGCGGCCCCCCCGACCCCCGACACGUCCACGCGCUGCGCUGGUUCAGACACAUCGCCGCGCUGCAGCUGCAGCCGCAGCCGCAGCCGGGCCCCACUGCAGCUAAAGGGAAGCGGGUUCAGCCGGCCUGGUCGGCUCCGGCCGGAACCGAAGUUCCCCAGUUACGACUCUACAACAGUCUGACCAGGACCAAGGAACUGUUCGUCCCCCAGAAGGGGAACCAGGUGACCUGGUACUCCUGCGGCCCCACGGUGUACGACGCCUCGCACAUGGGACAUGCCAGGUCCUACAUCUCCUUCGACAUCCUGCGGAGGAUCCUGAGGGAUUACUUCAAGUACGACGUGUAUUACUGCAUGAACAUCACCGACAUCGAUGACAAGAUCAUCAAACGGGCCCGGCAGAACCACCUCCUGGACCAGUACAAGCAGAAGCAGCCGGGACCGGCCCAGAUCCUGCAGGACGUGCUGAGCGCUCGAGGGCCCUUCCAGCAGCACAUGGCCUCCACCACCGACCCGGACAAGAAGCAGAUGCUGGAGCGUCUGGACGCGGCCGUGGCCGCCGCGCUGACGGCUCUGCAGACGGCCAAGGCCGGCGGAGCCGGGGACGAAGCCCUGCAGCCCCUGGCCCAGGUUCUGCUGGACCAGUCCAAGGACCUGCUGUCCGACUGGCUGGAUAAGCAGUUUGGGAGUCAGGUGACGGAGAACUCCAUCUUCUCCACCCUCCCCAACUACUGGGAGGGGGAAUAUCACAAGGACAUGGAGGCCCUGAAUAUCCUCCCCCCCGAUGUUCUGACCCGGGUCAGCGAGUACGUCCCCGAGAUCGUGGAGUUCGUCAAGGAGAUCAUCACCAACGGUUACGGGUACGAGUCCAACGGCUCCGUUUACUUCAACACGUCCAAGUUUGACUCCAGUCCGGAUCACUCGUACGCCAAGCUGGUCCCGGAGGCCGUGGGGGACCAGAAGAUCCUGCAGGAGGGGGAAGGUGAUCUGAGCAUCUCGGCCGACCAGCUGAGUGAGAAGAAAUCCCAGAUCGACUUCGCCCUGUGGAAGGCGUCGAAGCCCGGAGAGCCGUCCUGGGACUCUCCCUGGGGGAAGGGCCGCCCCGGCUGGCACAUCGAGUGCUCAGCGAUGGCCGGAUCCAUCCUGGGAGAGUCCAUGGAUAUUCACGGGGGAGGAUUCGACCUGCGGUUCCCCCACCACGACAACGAGCUGGCCCAGUCCGAGGCCUACUUCCGUAACGACCACUGGGUGCGCUACUUCCUGCACGCGGGUCACCUGACCAUCUCCGGCUGCAAGAUGUCCAAGUCCCUGAAGAACUUCAUCACCAUCAAGGAAGCUCUGAGCAGGAACUCGGCCCGCCAGCUCCGGCUGGCCUUCCUGCUGCACGCCUGGAAGGACACGCUGGACUACAGCAGCAACACCAUGGACACGGCCGUGCAGUACGAGAGGUUCCUCAACGAGUUCUUCCUGAACGUGAAGGACAUCAUGCGAGCUCCCACCGACGUCACCGGACGCUUCGAGAAGUGGGAGGCGGCCGAGGUGGAGCUGAACACCAGCUUCUACGAGCGGAAGGCGUCCGUCCACCAGGCUCUGUGUGACAACGUGGACACGCGCGCUGCCCUGGAGGAAAUGCGUCUGCUGGUCGGAAACUGCAACAGCUACAUCGCUAGCAUGAAGGCGGCGCGGCGCCGGCCCAACCGCAUGCUGCUGGAGGCGGCGGCGCGCUACCUGACCGACAUGAUGAAGACCUUCGGGGCGAUCGACGGGUCCGAGCCCAUCGGGUUCCCGGUGGGAGGAACCGGACAGAACCUGGACCUGGAGAACACGGUGAUGCCGUACCUGACGGUUCUGUCCGACUUCAGGGAGAACGUCCGCCGGAUCGCCCGCGAGCAGAAAGUGAAGGAACUGCUGCAGCUGUGUGACGAGGUCCGGGACGACACGCUGCCGGAGCUGGGAGUCCGACUGGAGGACCAUGAAGGUCUGCCCACGGUGGUGAAGCUGGUGGACAAGGAGACGCUGCUGAGAGAGAAGGAGGAGAAGAUGAAGAUGGAGGAAGAGAAGAGGAUGAAGAAGGAGGAAGCAGCUCGGAGGAAGCAGGAGCAGGAGAACGCUAAAGUCUCCAAGAUGAAGAUUCCUCCCAGUGAAAUGUUUCGCUCGGAAACCGACAAAUAUUCCAGCUUUGACGACACGGGUUUCCCUACCCACGAUGCCGAGGGGAAGGAGCUCAGCAAAGGCCAGGCCAAGAAACUGAGGAAACUGUUCGAGGCUCAAGAGAAACUGCACCAGGAAUUCCUGCACAUGAAACUCAGCAACUGAGCCGCGCCGCCGCCGCGCUAGCCGACCCGGGACUGGAACCUGGAACCCCCGGCCCCCCGGGCCCCCCGGCCACGUCACCCACCGCUGGUCACGCUUCUGAUCAAAUCACGCAUUCUGUUUCUUCUGUAAUUUUAUACUGUAUGUGUUGACUGUUGUUAAUAAUAAAG